AUGCUGCUCAAAGGCCACCUUGGUGGCGGCUGCCGCACCCUCGUCAUUGCGCAUGUCCGGCCGGAGGAGGCGUACAAGAGAGACACGCUCGCCACGUUGCAGCUGGCGCGGCGACUUUUGUGUGUGCCAGAGCAGCUGGCCUCUCGGGUCGCCGAGGACCCCUUUGUUCGGUUACGCCAGCUACAGCGACAGGUAAUGAGGCUUCAGGCUGAGCUGCGACUGCAGAUGGAGCUGAAGGCGCACACAGCAAGUAAUGCACCAGCACUGGCCACCACUGCCCCACCCGAUGAUGCGUCAACAGACAGCAACGCGAACGUCGCGAAGAAGCGCACUGGAGCUGCCUCGGCCAAGGGUACGCAGCAGGGGUCGUUGAAAUCCUCCACUGGACGCGUCACUCAGCGAUGUACCUUGCCGCUGCAAACACCUGGUAACGCGGCGGACGAUUUCCAUCCACUGCUGCGCUGCACCGCCUUGUCAUCGGCUACGCCGGCCUCUGCUGCCUUGACCACAGGCGUGAUGAACUUUGUUGCCGGACGCGUUUCGGUGCUCCCAGUCACCACCGUGCUGGAGAUGCACACCUGCUUCGAGCUGCUGCGCCAGUGUGUGGCAGAGAAGGACAUUCAGCUUAGCGCCGCACUCGCAGACUUGCGGGCAGCAGAAGCUGCCGCAGCGGCUGCAUUCACGGCCGUAGGGGCGAGCGGCACGCGCAGGUCCGUUUCAGAGCGCUGUUCAGGAAAAUCCUUCGGGGGUGACCGAUUCAUCGCCAACGGAGGGAUCGGGCGACGCAGAAUGUUCUCGAUGCGGAGCAGUGCAGACUCGAUGAAGGACACCCCCACUGCGGAGGGAAAAUGUCGCCCCUCUGUGGACUUGGCGCUGCCGACAGCGACAGUGCAGCUGCCCAGCUUGAACUCUUUGCACACGAAGCUCUUGCGGGAGCCAAGUCCGAGCGCGCUGGCACCUGUUGACGGCAAAGUUGGAAGGGGGUACGGCAGCGCUCCAUCGGCUGCCGGGUUAUCUCAAGACGUGACUCAGGAGGCAGUCCUGCCUUUCUCAUUGCCAGGGCUGUUAGCACCUCCGCCGAUGUGGCACAGCGCUGUUGACGCAACAGUCAACGCCCUGCCUGCUGCUGCGCCGCAGUUGGGGAAUGGACGGAUCAUGUCCCCGGCCAACGAGGCCUUCUUUACUUCUGCACAGAAUGAGGUGCCUUCGUCGUCCCUUCGCGGUUCGCGGGUAGUCUCGAGUGCGCCGGUAUCGCGGGUCGGCCGUUCGUCGGCACCGAAUAGUAUUGAAAGCAUCUCGCGACAAGUUUCCACCGCACAACAGCCGUCAACGCAGCGGGGACGGGCCCUAGCUGACGCACUGGCGCCAUCUUUCUCGAUCGCUGCGCACUCCACAAUGCAGGUACCGCGACCACACUCAGCAACGCCGGCCUUAGUAGCCCAUUCAGUGCCGCCGGCGAGCCCACGCGAGUCUUCCGCGUUCCAUGUCUACACGACCCAGACAGCGGAGGGAGUGAAGCAGGUAGAGCACGUGCGGAUGGAAAAGGAGGCAUUGGCCAGCCUACGACUGCGUCUAGUGGCACUGGGAACGGGCGAUAGCAGUCACACCAGCACAGCCCUAGCAGAUGAGUGCCGCUACCACGAGAGUCAGCUCACUCGCCGUCGUGAGGCGCUACUGCGUAGCUUUGAGUCGUGGCAUCGAGCUCGUGCAGUUGCCGAGGACAACGCCACUUCUGUAGCGAAGCCAUUGAGGAAUCCUGCAGGGAAUUCAACGAGACUGACGCUUGACACCAUGCGGCAACGACUGCGGCGACCUGCCCCUGCUGGACAUACAGGGGGUGGUGUCAAUGGUGGCAGUGUGGGUAAACUCCGCGGUGGCACCACCAACGGCGUCGAAGGUAGUGCCAACUACGGCAGCUGGAGUGCCCUUGUGCCGGUUCUGAGUGCGGCCGCCUCUUUCUCUCCCUUCACGAAGAACGAGCCGGCCGACGAGGUUGGAGUGCUAGCUGUGCCACCCGAGACCUUCAGCGCUGCCGGUGCCCCAUCCACCGCUUACUAG